AUGUUCCUUCUUCUUUUCAUCAUAGUGUUGGCCAUUUUCAUUAGAAUUGCAACACAUCUUUUUACAAGAAAAGGCACAAGGACUAUAAAGUUUGUUGGCCCCCGUGGUGCAGGAAAAACAAGAACACUCAAUGCACUGAUCGGAAUCAAUGGAAAGACUGUUCCGACCCUUGAGACCUACAAGGUUAUGUAUAAAGACGUGGUUAUACACGACGUUGUUCAGAAAGAUGGCGACUUUUGCAAAAGAUAUGGCAUUGAUGACCCAUCAGUUGCCUAUUUCUUCUUCCUGAGAAACUCAGACGACCUGUCUAAGCUUCAAGAUCUAAGGGGGUUUGACAUAAAGCUUGUAUCCUGCGGUCCUCAUGAUCGAGAAAAAACUCUAGGAAAGAAUGUUAUUUUUCUGGAUGAGGACCUAACCCAAAUAGAAAAGCACUUUCUUUAG